GCGUCGCGACUGCACGCGCGCACUCAUGCUCCCGUUUACCGCCCGAAACGAUCGCGACGCCGGGAAAUGUUAAAUAAUUACAAGAAAAUAUAUAUUAGCUGGAUCGGACGCGUGUGUACGUGUGACCAGAGUGUGUAGUGCAUGAAGUGGCGGUGGUGCGGGUGAUGUCAAGCUAAGGGCGGCGCGGCCGAGCCGGCGACGACAUGGGCAACUCUUGCAGCUCGGGGCAAGCACACAAGGACAAGGAUAAUGUAUCACAACAUUCUGAAGAGUACACAAUAUCAUCUGGAGGCCGCGACAGGUCAAACUGCUGCUCGCGCAGGUCACCCUCGUACCGCGUCACGAAGCCAUCUAUCGAUGCCAGCGCAGACCCUCAGGCCAUGCCGGCGCACCAUCUACUCGAGCCCUCGUCCUCCAUGAAGGAGAAUAGACCUCAGCUGAAGGGGCCCAGGCCCAUUGGGUCUAGUGUUUCAGACUCGAUCUCCCUAUCCUCGCCGGUAGCAUGUACCUCCCCACGCGAGGACGUGCUCGGCCCUCCGAUGCCUAGCAACGUCUGCGCGUUGCCCGAGGAGCAUCGCUGCUGCUUGCUGGGCAAAGUGCCCGGACUUAGGGCAAGGCGACGGAAGGCUAUGCUGAUUUAUGUAUGUGCUGCUGAUUCUCAAGACUGUUGUGCGGAAAAAGGCGCGUUACAGUGCGGUGCGGCGGCGCGGCUGCGUGUCCGCGCGCGCCGCCGCGGCUGGCGGGUACACGUCGCCGACCUCCACUGGCGCUCACCGCUCGAACAACAGCGCGACCAUCGCUUCCCCGUGCUGUGUAUUGCUGAGCUGGCUCGUCAAUCGGAGCUGGGUGCAGUGGUCCCGGUGUUGUUCCUCAACUCUGGGCUGGGGACUCCGCUACUCCCCCACACGUUGGAGUGUGCGGACUUCAAGGCCGCGUUAGAAACCGCCGAGGACGAGAGCGAUAAGGCUCUGUUGAAUAAAUGGUACGUACUAGACGCGAGUACGACGCCUCCAUGCUACCGCUUAGUCCGCGGUGCGCCCGCUAGAUGGCGGCGCGAGAUGGCGCGCGCGCUCAACGUGCUCGUGCGCACACUGCCGCAGGAGGCCUGCGAUGCUUACCUCACUACUGUGGUUGAACAGGAGGUGCAGCACACAGUGCUAAUGAGCGUGGAGGCAGCGCGUCGCUGUGUGUGGGUGUGUCGCGCGGGCGGCGCCGCCGCGGAACAGACCGACACCGGCGACAGGGCGCACCAACAGGAACUGCAGCGGAGACUCAAUAACUUGCAGAAGGAUCUAAAGCAACACCUAAGUGAGCGCAAUGUGAUCCGCGCGACAAUGCGCGGUCGCGGCGGCGCGGACGACGACUACACUACCGGCGUCAGCGCCGCGCUCGGGGACAGACUCGACGCGCUACUUGAUGCACUCGUUACCGACCACGACCUGCCUGCAGGGUAUAAUGGGAUACCUACCAGUUUGUUCGACGAGGUGAACGAGCACCUGACGUUCUGCCAGAAGGCGGCGCAGUGCACCUCCAACAGAGAGAUCACGCUGAAUGAACUCAAAACGUACAUUACGGGUGACAGUACGGUCCCGCUAGCGCUCAUAGGUGGCGCUGGGUGCGGUAAGGCGACUCUAGUCGCUCGCGCCGUCACACAGGCGCACUCGUACCAACCCGACCUCGCUGUUAUUGUACGGUUCGUGGGUCUGACGCCUCAGUCGAGUAGUUCCCACAUGCUGCUUAAGUCCAUCGUGGACCAAUGCCACGUGCUGCUCACUGGCACCGUCUACCGGGGACGGAAUGACGUAUACUCCCUGUCGGCGGCUCUCCCGGGUCUGCUGGGCGGCGUGGGGCGGUCGCGCGGCGCGCUGCUGUGCGUGGUGGGGGCGGACGCGCUGCGCGCCGCGCGCUGGCUGCCCGAGCGACUGCCGCAUAAUGUCAAGAUGAUCGUCACUGUCACUGAGGAAAAAGACGAGCCAUCAAGCUCAGCGAUAAUGGCGGUCCUAUCAUCUGAAGAUGGACCAAAAGUGGUGCGGGCCCCGCCGGUGGGGCCCGACGAGGCCAAGGCAGUGCUCACUGCAUGCGCCGCCACGUACAGCAAGACUGGAGCCGCCUCGCCACCUGAGGCCGCUGUGAAGGCCGUUCAAAAGUGCACCUUGCCUCUUUAUGCUAAGAUCCUAGCAUGGCAGAUCUCACUAUCAGCAGAGACCUUCACAGAACUGACAGAACCAGAGACAACACCAGAGCUGGUGAUUUGUGAGGACUUGGAAGGUCAACUGAUACAGAUACUAAUCACUACUGAAGCGGCGCUGGGGGCAGAACGAGUGAAGACUUGUCUGGCGCUGCUGACUGCUUCCAGGCGGGGUCUGGAUGAUACUGAGAUACUGGAUAUUUUGGCUCAUGAUGACCUGUUCCGGAGCGAGGAGACAUAUUUGCCGUGGGCCCCGGCGUCGCUAGUGUGGCCGCAGCUGGCGGCGCUGCUGUCGCCGUGGCUGCGGUGGGACGCGCGCGGCGCGGCGCGCUGGCGGGACGCCGCGCUGGCCGGGGCGGCCGCCGACAGGUACCUCGCCGACUGCGACACUGCCGUGCGACGCACGCUCAUUGAUUAUUACGAGGGUAAAUGGUAUUCGGAGAAUGACCCCAAGAUGGCGGGCCGUCUGGUGUCACAGGAGAACAAGUUCUCGGAGGAAUACUACAACACAAGGAAACUAGACGAGCUGCCAUUCCAACAUUACCACAUUUACAAAGACGACCCAACCACGUUCGCGAACCAACCAUAUUUCACCCAACUAGACUGGGUACAUGACAAACUGGCAGCGACCGACUGCUGCCAUUUCCUCGAAGACAUAGCUUUAGUCCACAUCGACCCACUACCAGAACACAUUGAAAUAUUAAAAGACGUAUUCGAAACUCACUCUUACGCGUUGGACUAUGACCAUCGCCAGUUCUACGGGCUUUUAAGAAUGACCAUGGAGAAGCGACAACGCAAUGGACACCAAAUAAAAAGUAAAAUCGUUCAAGAUUGGAUGAAAGAGAUCCAAGAGCCUCCCGUACCAACGUUGUGUCCUGAAAAUGUGGAUUUCUGGAAGAUUAUGGAAUGUAAGGAAAAGCGAGACUUCUCUAUGCACGACGGAUUUGAUACGAAGACUUAUGAUUUGAUCGUGAGGUUCGAUAGUAGGGGUAAAUUCGUGGCUACUGUUUCCACUGAGAGAGAGGAGAUCUGCGUUUGGGAUGUUGUUAAGUGUCAGCUAGUAAGGAAGAUGGUGGGUGUGACACACCCUAUAAACUUGGUGCCAAUAGACGAGUACAAGUGCGUGGUGCUAUGUCGCAGGGAGCUCAGGGUCUACAACCUGGAUCAGGGCACAUUCCUGGUAGCUCUGAAGGGUGUGAUGAACCAAAAGAUGCCGUACUACGGUCUGCACGACCCGACGCAUCUCGUCGCACUCUCCAGGAACCGAAUGUACGUCAACCUAAUGAAUAUUGAGACCGGUGACUGUGUGACGACAUUUAAGGCUGGAGAAGACAGGUUCCUCAACUCUCUGCUGGUCUCUGGGGAUGGAAGGGUGCUAGUAUGUGGUGACGAGACUCAAAAGCCGUUCCCUCUGCUCGUCUGGUCGCUCACAUCUCGGAAACUGCUGUACGACCUGAGGAUACCACAUCACGACUUCAUCACUUCCAAAGCUGCUAUUACUUAUGAAGGUUCCUACGUAUGCGUAGUAUCUCGCGAGCUGGACGAGCCGAGCCCCAACUUCAUAGUAGUGUACGACCUACAGUCAGGGACAUUGUUCAAGAAGUGGAAGCCAGGAUGUGACACCGUGGCGCUCGCCAUAAGCUCCAUCGAUGGCUGCGUGGUCUCCGGACUGGCUGACACCAGGAUACUUGUGUGGGAUCUUGUUACUGGUAACUGCCGGCUGACACUGCGCGGUCACGUGGCAGCACCAUCUAUGUUGCGUCUCGCGAAGUCCGGUGGAGUACUCAUGUCCACUGACGAUACUUGCAAGGAUCUCUCUGUCAGGCUGUGGGAUCUGCAUACUGGCAAACUGAUAGCAGUAUACACACCACCGGAACGAAUAACAUCGUGCGAGGUUUUACUCGGCGGUUCGGUCCUGGCCCUAGCGUUAGAAAACUACAAAGAGGUCCUAUGCGUCAAACUCUAUGGUCCCGCAGUGGAAUCUGUGCAAAAUGGCAAGGAGGCAGAAUUUGACGACAGGGAAUAUGGCGACCAAAACUUGGAAGGGCGGACUUUUGAUGUAAAAGGUCUGGAAAACUCAUAGCAGGUCGCACGGUAAGGUAAUGGUUGGGUAUAUUAAAGAUUGUGAAAGCCACUGUUUUUAAAAUUUUAGUUGUAUGACGUUCAACGCAAAAUUGUUAAUAUUAAUACAUAAGUGUCGAGACUACACAUUGAUAACGAUAAUAAUCGGUCGUUAAAUUGUAAAUUUCAUUAUUAGAUUUUUAACUUUAUGACAAAAGUUUAGAGUUGAAAAUGUAUUAAAGACAUUAAUUGUAUCGAUACGACGAAGCGACCAAGCGUGGUAGAUAAACAUGUGUGUAAUUCGAUAAUGACUACUGUCUGUCUAGGACCAAUACUUAGUCCCAUAAUUAUUUACCUGACUGUUGCCCACAGUGGUGUCGUACACGUAGUACAUAUGUAUGUGUGCAUUUCUGUAUUUGUUUUUUUUUGCAAAAUAGGUACACGUAUUACUUUGUUUUAGAUUUUGUUAUAAACAUACGGAAAACGACUUUUCAAGCAUGCAGUACUUACCUAUUACUUGUUAUUUAUUAUAGGAAGUCCGUGAUAUAAUUUUGCGUUGGACGUCAAUAUAAAUUUGAUAUUAUUAAAAUUAAAAAUAGGAAAAUAAUAUCAAACAACAUGUUAUUACAUAUUGGAAAAAAUAAACAAUAUUGUUGAGCCAUAGUUAACAAGCAAUCACAGUGGCUUAGGACCGCCGAGAUGAAAAGAAAAAAAAAGAAAUUAAUAAAAAAAACAUUAAUGUUUGAUCUAUUACGCUUAUUAAUAAUUACAUUAUUAAAAUUAAAUAAUUAUAUUGUAUUUAGUGAAUUCUUUAUCUGUAAUGUUGAUGUUUAGAUGUAAUUUUGUGAAAAAUAGGUUAAGGUUUAUGAAUAAGUCUACGUAUAUUUCGUUUUUUGAUCCUUUUUUCUUACUAUUGCGUAAUAUUUUGUAGCUUUUAUUCGAUAUUUUUAUCUUCUUGGAAAUGGCCAAUUAUUCCUAAGAAACGGUGAUCAUUUUAAUAAUAAAUCUAUCAUAGAAUGUCUUCAUAUUAUGAAAAACGGGAUGCAAGUCUCGACAAAAGUUACGGCAGAAAUUGGUCGCUAAAUCAAGAGUAUUAUUAAUACAUUUUCAACUUUAUUCUAAAAGUAUAAAGUGAAAAUCUAAAGAAUAUAAAGAAAUUCUCGAUUUAGUGACCAGUAUCUAUCAAUAUCCAGUCGGCACACAGUGUUAUGCCAAUUCAAAUCCAAAGCAACUCAAGUUUUGAAGAAAAUCCCGAUCUUGUGCUUGAGUUUUUUUAGCUUUGAAUGAUAAUACGUCACCACAAAUUCUCUCAUUCUUCGACUCGCGAACGUAAAAGAAAAAGGCUUCGAACUUGUAACUAAUUCACAAUCAACAAAUAAACUUCAUUUCAAAUGAUUAAAAGUAAAAUUAAUAAAUAUCAUCUAUUUCAUUUGUGAAAUAAGGAAUAGAGAAUUGUGAUUAUAUCAGUAUUUCCUUGUUUGGAGCCAAAGCUGCAGCAGAGGCAAAGAGAAAAAACAAUAAAAUUUGGCGCCAAAAGUCAUCAUUUUUCAUCUUCCUCAACUGUCACUCCUUAAGGUCUGAUUCCAUUAAACAUAUGUACGUAACUCAAUUAAAUCUUUAGCUUAGUUAUCACCCUUAGCAUUUUAUAACCUUAUCUAAUAUUUUUUAUUUAUUUAUUUCUAUUUCAACUUUCACUAAAAUCCUUGUAAAUGCCCUCGUUUUAUUUCUACUGCCAUUUUAUACUUCUUAUAUUGUAAGCAAAUAGCAAAUUAAAUAUAGGAUAAUCAUUCAUGUUUUAAAUAAUAAUAAGGAAUGCACACAAUAGUUACCUAAUGCACAAAAUGUUUUUAUUUAAAUGCGCGAGAUGACAUGGAUAUUUUAAACUUUUUAAAUGUUUUGGCGUGGGUUUGACUAGUUGUGUCCAAAUUUUAACAAGAAUGUGUUGAUCAAUGCUCUGUGAAGGACGAUACAAUACAGUCUGGGGUGAAAUUCCGACAUUAGUAAUGAUGAAACUUCGAAAGGUUAAAAUAUUGAUGUAUUGAAAACGCAGGAUUUGUCAUGCGUUUUGGGUAAAUUCUUCUAAAUAAAAAAGAUUCCCUUCACGAACAUAAUUUUGCUUAGAAGAUUAAUAUUUACCCAAAAUGCGGGUAUUAUGUUACAGUUUAAUUUGUUAGACGUUUUGGCUGGACUAAAGCGCGUUUAAUUUUUGAACUAUUUAUUUUGUCCGUGGCUGUAAAAACUAUAUUCGACCAAAGCAAUCUAUUAUAAUAUCUAGUUCGUAAUCGUUUGAGCAUGAGAUAAGUAUUCAUAGUUUCUGUAUGUGAAACCACACCUUAACCGAAAAUCACUUGAUAAUCUAUGUUAUCUCUAAGGCGUAAUUUUCAAAUUAAUAAAUUGUGCUUCAAUAUAAAACUAAAAUAGUUUUCCCAUAAAUAGUAAUAAAAAACCCAUUGCAAUAUUUAUUUAUUUGGUCAAUUUAUAAAAACCAUGAAUGUUAAGGUCAAGAACAUAACAAUGUCUACUUAUCUCAUUCUAUAUCUAAAGUUAAUUGAGUAAAGUGAUUGAACUGAAUCUUAAUGUCUUCUAUGUGAUUUAUUUAAUGUAACUUCCGCUGCCAUAUUUAACAUCUAAUUUUAAAAUAACAAUUUAAUAUUUUUAACUGUGUAAGCUAGGCCAUUCACACACCAGAGACAUAUUCAACCUACAGAUUUGAUUAUCUGUGGUCAUAAGAAUCGUGUGUGGCCAAACCUUUAUUUAAUUUUGAGGGUUCCGUAAAUCUUUCUUUGUUUUUGUUCGUCGUCCAUUUCGUCCGUCCGCAGAAGUAAGAUUAAUUUCGAAAUGCCUGGUGCAUGAACAGCUUUCUGUUUACCUUAUAGGACCUUCUUUAAUUAAUAGGAUUGAAAUAUUUAAGCUGUUAAGUUUGCUCAAUGAGUUUCGUGAUGUUUUUACGGAACCCUACAAGCGUACAAUUUUGUAUAGCUUGCCUAGAUACCUGUCGCACAAAUGUGAAUGUUUUGAUUUUUAAUAAACUACAAGAUUAAACAUUUCGGCCACUUAACCCGGCGAGGAUGUGGUGAAAAUAGUAACGUGGAGGUUGUGGAGGGUCUUAUUGACCCUGUAUAUAAUUGGCUCUAAAAUACCUAAAUUUAUAUUAAUGUACCAAAUAUCAAUCAAUAUUAUUUAUAUUACAUGUUACUUCAACGGUUUUAUCGAAAUAA